AUGAAGGUCACUUUGGUUUCUAGAAGUGGAAGAGAAAUUGUUAAAGGUGGCAUUGAGCUUGGUGAUUCUGCUACGGUUGCAGAUCUGCAGGAGGCGAUUCACAAACAAAUUAAGAAGCAUCCAUCGAGGCAGCGCCUGACACUUCCUGUCCAACCAGGAUCAAAGGAAAAGCCGGUUGUUCUUAACUAUAAAAAGAGUUUGAACGACUAUACGAAUGGAAAUUCAGAAACCUUAACCGUACAAUUCAAGGACUUAGGUCCACAAGUUUCUUACCGUACACUUUUCUUCUUCGAGUAUUUGGGGCCGCUGCUUCUCUAUCCAAUCUUCUACUACUACCCUGCUGUCUACCAGUAUUUCGGAUACAAAGACGAACAUGUUAUCCACCACCCCGUGCAAACAUACGCCAUGUACUAUUGGUGUUUCCAUUAUGCCAAACGAAUUCUGGAAACGUUUUUUGUGCAUCGCUUCAGCCACGCAACCUCGCCGCUUUCCAAUGUUUUCCGCAACUGUGCUUAUUACUGGACUUUCGGCUGUUACAUCGCUUACUAUGUGAACCAUCCACUCUAUACACCUGUGAGUGACCUUCAAAUGAAGAUCGGGUUUGGGUUCGGGAUACUUUGUCAAGUUUCGAAUUUCUAUUGCCAUAUUAUACUGAGGAGUCUUCGCGGACCUAAUGGAGAAGGUGGAUACCAAAUCCCACGCGGCUUUCUUUUCAAUAUUGUUACUUGUGCAAAUUAUACAACAGAGAUCUACCAGUGGUUGGGCUUCAACAUUGCUACACAAACCAUUGCUGGUUACGUAUUUGUUGCGGUUGCCACUUUCAUCAUGACCAACUGGGCUCUCGCAAAGCACAGGCGCUUGAAGAAGUUGUUUGACGGAAAAGAAGGGAGACCGAGGUAUCCUCGUCGAUGGGUGAUAUUGCCUCCGUUCCUAUAG